CGGGCCGGGCCGGGCUGGGCGCGCGCCGGGGAGGAUGCGCGGCGGGGCCGCCAGCUCGCCCCCGCCCGCGCGGCGCCCCGCGGAUUUGCCAGUUCCUAUAUGCCAAUGGGGAUUGUGUUCUGGCUCCUUGUCGGUGCCUUAAGAGAAGCUGAUGCUCUGAACAGUGAGCCCAGGGGAAGAGAGAGCCCGCGUGGAGAUUACCUCCCGCCUUGCCUUUUCUCCCAGCCCCUCGCACUGAGCUCUCAGCUGCUGGAGGAGCGGAGGGGAGAGCUGCCGCACUGAGCUGGGGCAGCGCGGGUGAAGCAAAAGGGUAUUUGACUGGUGGGCCGCAGCAGCUGGGGGUCCUUGCCACCCCACGGCGGAGACAACCAACUCCUGCCAGGUAGAUGCCCGCAGGGGAGAGGACAACUCCAGCUGAACUGAUGCAUCUCGGCACCUGAUACCAGGCUCAGCAGCCUCUAUUAGUCGUUAACUGGGCACACUCAGGACUCCAACACAUCUUCACCUAAGUUCAUUUCUCCUUUUUCAAUGACCUUCUGCUUGCAAUAGCAUGCAGAAAAAAAAUUAUACAUGUUUCUGUGGGCUGGGGUGCAGCUGGACAGGAGAAACGUACAGUGCUGUGAAAGGUUACUGAAGCAAAAAUGCAAAUUUUAGAAGUUUUGCCCUGAAGAUGGAGCAUGCUGAGCAGGGGUGCAGGUGGUUGCGAUGACUCUGCUUGGGGUCUCACGUCCUGGUGGAGUUUAAUGGAAGUUUGUCCUUGUUUCAUAUAAAUGGAGCAGCGGGAAGGGAGACAAGGACCUGGCGGUGAGGAGAGGGCUGCAGAUGUGGCCUUGGCAAACAACCUCAGUGGAAAGAGGUGGUGGCAUCUGUGUCUUCUGCAGGUGUCUGUAUAGCUUCUGACAUGAAGAAAGAUAUAGAGUCUUUAAUAGCCCAGGAAAAAGCAGAGAUCGUUGCCAAGUAUGAGAAGGGCAGGCAGGAAGGAGCUCAGAUUGACCCGUGGGAAGAUGCCGAUUUCACGCUGUAUAAGGUUACAGACCGGUUUGGAUUCCUGCAUGAGCAGGAGCUGCCGACCCGCACCGCCUUGGAGGAGAAGCAAAAACAGCAGGAAAUUGAACGCGUGGACAAGUGGCUAAAGAUGCUGAAGAAAUGGGGCAAAUACAGAAACAGUGACAAGAUGUGCCGGCGAGUGUACAAAGGGAUCCCACUUCAGGUGCGAGGCCAGGUCUGGUCGCUUCUGCUGGAUGUCGAGAAGAUGAAGAAGGAGAACGAAGGAAAAUAUGAGCAAAUGAAAGAACAAGCAAAGAGCUUUUCAUCGGAAAUCAAGCAGAUAGAUUUGGACGUUAACCGCACCUUCCGAAACCACAUCAUGUUUCGGGAUCGCUAUGGAGUGAAGCAACAGGCACUCUUCCAUGUCCUAUCAGCAUACUCGGUUUAUAACACCGAGGUGAGCUACUGCCAAGGGAUGAGCCAGAUCGCAGCCAUCCUCCUGAUGUACUUAAACGAAGAGGAUGCAUUUUGGGCACUGGCACAGCUGCUGACCAACCAGCGGCAUGCCAUGCACGGUUUUUUCAUUCCUGGGUUCCCGAAGCUGCAGAGAUUUCAAGCUCACCAUGAGCAGAUUUUAACCAAACUGUUUCCCAAACUGAAGAAGCACAUGGACAAAGAGCAGAUGACUACAGGGAUUUACACGACCAAGUGGUUCCUGCAAUGCUUCAUUGACCGGACCCCCUUCACCCUCACCUUGCGGCUGUGGGAUAUCUACAUCCUGGAAGGAGAGCGGGUGCUGACAGCCAUGGCUUACACCAUCCUCAAACUGCACAAAAAGCGCUUGCUGAAGAUGACGCUGGAAGAUUUACGGGAAUUUCUGCAGGAGAAAAUUGCCGCUUCCCUGCAGUACGAGGACGAUGCCGUCAUUGAGCAACUGCAGAUGUCAAUGACCGAACUGCGCAAGAUGAAAUUUGACCUCCCCCCGCCAGCAAAGCCUGAGGAAUUCCCACGGAAGCCCCUGGGCCUGGAGCUCUCCCUCAACCUGGUAGCCAUGAAGGGCAAUGUGGCAGCCAAUGGCCAGAAUGGCCAGGUGGGCGAGCACCCCCCGGACAGGGAGCCCCAUCCCCACAGAGGUCCUGGGGUGCCAGGAGGAACAAUGGUGGCAGAGGCGAGGACUCCCACCCUCCAGCGCAGUGAAGCAGCUGAAGCGACAGACAUCUACCUGCAUCCUCCUGGCAGGGGGCCACCAGGAGAGGAGAGUCAGGUGGAGCCCACUGGGAAUGGGCAGCCGCCGCCUCUUCUGAAGGCAAGCGAGCCCCAGGCCCGUCAUCACCUCCUGCCCACAGCCCUGCCUCCAGAGCAGCCUCUUCUCACCCCCAGCCGUACCACAGUGGACCACGAGUCGGUCUCCCUCCCCACCCUGGCCAAGCAUGGAUCCUUGGACUGCUCUCUCCAAAACAUGCCGAGUCCUCCCGAGUCGAGCGCCACGGAGCUUUCUGCUACGGACCACUCAGUAUGGCAGUCAAAUCCUGCUGCUCUGCCGGCAGGAGAACAAGCAUCUUGCCUCUGCAAAGAGAAAGCGGUCGAAGCACCCCCUUAUCCUCAGCCGGGCAGCUGGCAGCAGCUCUCCGGCACAUCGCAGCACGACGGCUCCCCAGAGAGCAAGCACAGGGAGGAGACGGCCGAGAAGCGCUGCAGAGCAGCACUGCCGGACCAAACGGACUUGAAGCGUUUGGCAUCCAAAGCUGCAUCCACAGGGGAGCUCACCAGCCUGCAGCAGAACGGCCCAGGGAACGCCACCGGCACCGUGCACUGGCCGGAGGGCUUGGGCGUCCUGCCCGCGCACGGGCUGGCGGGUGGCAGCGUGCCUGUCUUAUCCGGCAGCGAGUCAGAGGCAGCGGGGCUGGGCAAGGGCUGCCCCUUCCAGCGGGUGCCAUCCCCGACGGCGGAGCGGAACAGUCCCUACACUGUUAUCAAAACCACCACUCCCCUCCACCUGGCCCAUGCAACAGAGCAGGACUUCUCGAACAGAAAGCAGGUGGCAUUGCCUCUGCUGGAGGCUGGACGACCCCUGCCUGCCACCUCCAUGCCACCGCCUCUUGCGCUGGACCCGGAGGAGGUAGAUGCCCAAAAAAGCCUGCAGAAACCAUUAAACACACUGAAAGCCCCACGACCCCCCCUGAGCCCCAAACCAAAAUUACUGCCGCAGGUUGCCAAAUCCCACUCGGAGAACAGUUUCCUUUCAGGCUCUCCUGCCCUGGCAAAACUGCCCAAAUCGGUGACGUUUUAGUGGGGACAGGGGGAGGUGAGGGAGAGGAAGCAGGUGCUGGAGCAGCACCCGUGCCCCGUUUUUGGGACACCCCCCCCUUCAGCAGGGCUGUGUGGGGGUGACAGCACAGAAGCCAUCGCCUGUGGAGCUGUGCUUUGGUACGAGCGCGCGGUGAGGCGAUGGAGCGGUGGCCGCCGGCGCCAGGAGACACCAGCAAAUUGGGUUUGCAUCUUUCCUAUGGACAAAUUGGAAAACGCUUUCACUUUUUUGUUCCUCGAAGCUCCCUGAGCCUCGUCGCGUGUUGGGGUGGGGGGUAGAGGCAGGGCUGGUGAAUGUGUUGCGUGUUUUUUUCUGCGCCUGCCUGCCAUAGUACCCAUGGCUGUGGAAGCGGGCGUGAAGCGUAGGAGUCUGAAAUGCUUUCUUUAGAAUGCCCGAUCAGCGCAGCCAACAGCGUUGCUUUCAAAGGCCCUUGUAGCAAUAGAUCUUUAUUUCUUUUCCCAGGCUCACGGUUGUAGGCAGCAGCAUUUUCAGGCAGGGCCAUGGCAUCCCGGCAGGGCGCAGGCAGCCUCCUGCCUACUCUAUGCAAUUCCACAGCGCGGUGCCUGGCUCCUGCCACGGUGGUGGAUGGGGUCCUGGGGGGAGGUUAACGGCUGGUGAGUCCCUGGCCGGGGUGGGGGGGUUCUCCUUGGUGUGACCCUGGUGAAGGACAGCCAGCGGGGUGGUUCUUUCCCAGGUGCUCAAGGUGAUAAGGACAGUGAUGAAGGUUGAGCCCUGUCUCUUGGGCUGAGUGGCCUUUCCCUCACAGGCCCAGGGCGGCGAGCGGGCUCGCUGCCUUUCCAUUGAACAGGAAAAGGGGCUGCUGCCUUGGGAAACCUCCUGCCUUCGCUAGCAAGCUGCUGGAGGUGCAGUGGUGUCUAAUCAUGGUGCCCAAGCUGAAGCCCACUUUUACUUUGAGCAAGUUAUGUGUCGGGGUGGAACCAGCAUAGGAGUUGAGGAAGGAGAGCACAUUGCCUAGAACCUGAUCCCAGCCCUUCUGGUUUAGCCCACCCAGAAAUCAACCACCAAGGAAGGAAACCUGGGCACAGAGGUUUGGAAGAUGAUGCUGUAGAGCAUCACUGUCAGCACAGCCCACUGCUGAAGAGAUAACGCAGUGGGUGCCCACAUACCCUUGAUGUACUGGUGGCCUGUCCAUCUCCUCCCCAUCCCAGGGUGUUGCUGCUGCACAAUCCAAACCGUUGGCUGGAGGUGAGCAGGGACCCAGGGACACUCACCCCACUGAAAGAGCUGCUCCAAACAUCUGUUUCCCAUAUCUACUUCACCCCUAUAGGUGAAGGGACUUCAUUGGGAAGGAAGAUCAAUGGAUGCAGCAGGAGCUAACCUAGGCCAGAUGUGCUGUAUUUGACUCUGCUCUCCAGAAGCGUGGCUGCAGAUGCCACUUUAGAUGGGACUGCAGGUGGAAUUCCCAUCCCUUCAAUGGAGACCCUGGGCAAAAGCUCUUCUAAGGAGACUUUGAAAACUGUUUAUCUCACAGGCUGCUUCAGUAACAUAACCUGAUAGGAAGCCCAGUAGAAACUUCCACUAAAUUACUUUGGGGGGUUUAUCAGUUGUUGGGUUUUUUUCUGUUCACAUGGUGGUUUGUGUUAGCAGCAGGGAGAGCAUCGAAGGGAGCACCCCAUCUUUCUUUGGAUGUAGCCAGCCAGACCACAGCACCCUCAGCUUCUGUUGCAACCCCUCCUCUGCCGGAGACCCCAUCUUCUGUUGAGUCUCCAACCUUGCCCGUCCUCUCUCCCUCUGCAAAGCAGGGAUAACCCUAUUAGCUACCUCGCAGGGGUGUUGUGAGGAGUCAAGAGUUGCUCUUUGAGAACUGCUGUAUGAAUGUUCAGUAUUUGUGUUUUGAGAUGCCAUGGGUCCUUUCUAGGACAACGGUGCUUGAAUUGGUUUUAAUUUAGAGUACUUUUUCCAAUAACCAUACAGUAAUUAAACCUAUUUGUGUGUUAAAAUACCUGGGCAGUAUUUCAGGACAGGUAUCGAUUGCCUUCUGCUAGCAGGCCACUGGCCUCUGGAGUUCACCGAGAAGCAUCUGAGGGCUGGUGGUCACCUCUUGGCUUGGUUUCUGUAGCUUGGGGGUCUGUCCUCUCCUUGAAGCACACAUAGGACUCCUGCUAAUGUGUCUGAGCAUUUGGCUCACACGUGCAAGAGCCGAGACCUUUUUUCCCCUCAUUUUUACCUUUUUCUCCUCAUUUUGGGCACACAGCCUCUGCACAUCAUGUUGCACGUGCGCCCAGGCUCCUCACCCAGCGUGUUGGGGAUGUUCUGCAGUAUUCACAUUUAAAAAGGUGGUUUGCGCCAAUCUUGGGAGAGCUGUCAAAUGCACAGUACUCAGUGCAUGGUAUAUGGUGCAUGGUGUUCAAGAAGAAUUUGGGGUUGUUCCUCCCCUCCAAGCCCUAACGGGACUGAGCAGCAAAGUCCUUGGUCACCUCCAAGCCUGGGGGAAGCCACCAGGUGGUUUCAGUGACCUUUGGACCAGGUAGAGACAGGCUCCCCGUUCCCUCCAGUGUGUUCUCACUGGGAAGGUCUCCGAGCUCCUCCCUGUGCCACCUAAGAAGCUCUUCUGCAACCUGCAGCCCCCGAAAGCUGGCAGGUUUGGGAAGAGUGCCCGGGGACAAAGUAGCCUGAGCUGACUGGGAGCCAACAGUGCGCACUGCUUUCCUUGGAGCGAUGCUCUCACUUCAGCACAUCAACACAUCUACUAGGAGAUGACUGAUGCUCUUGCCUUGUCUGCCUCUUGCUGCAGAUGAAGGUGCAGCCAUGGUGGUCUGUGGCAGCCCGGGGUGGGCAGGACAUGGCCCAGCUUCAGCUCUUUUGCCGGGGAUAGGAAGGGAAGAAGAAGGGCGAGGGUGGCAGCUCAGCAGGACAAAUAACUGCCACUUGCACCCCUGCGCCAGCCUCCUACAAUGGCCUCAGCCCCUUAGCAAAAGCCACUCUUACCGCAAGCAAACUCAGGAAAGCAGCCCCCACCGCUGCCCCAUCCCUGCCCUCGCAGCCCUGGGACAGCUCUCGCCUUGCUGCCUUCCAUGUAGUUUUAAAGACCAACAUUGCAGGUUUGGUUGGUUUUUUUUUUUGGUGGGGGGGGGUUGCAAUUGAGCAUUUUGAGUGGCUGUGGUGCUGGCAGGCAGCAGGAGCCACGGGGACUGGGCUGGGGACCAGCUCCAGUGUGGGAGGGCGGUUGAGGUCAGGGGUCUCUCGGCCAUGCACUUUGAGAGCCCGGCUACCAUCUGCUUUUCUUUUUAAUUGCUAUUCUUGUUUACAGCGUGGAACGCUUCCUCCAUGACUCUUUCUAAUGUAUUAUAAUUAUUACUUUAUAAAAACAUUUUUAUGUC